AUUUCAUUUCUCUUCUACUGCGCUUUACUCUUUUGGGUUUUCAAAGAUUAUAGUUUUAUUGUGCUUUGCUGCCAAAGUUUGUAGUAUUUUUUAUCUGCCAAAAUCAAACAACUUUUUGUUGACCUAUUUCUGAAUUCACGAUCAAAUUGACCGAGAGAGGGAGACUUUUUCUUGUUUUGAUUGAAUGGGAAGUCAAGGAAACAGUUGGGCAGAUCAAUGGGGCAGUCAAAAUGAUGUCGUAGAGGAAGAUUUUGGUAAAAAGGGAAAAAGUAGCGGGAAGAAGAUGGAAAAGGUGUUGGCAGUUGCAUCGGCGAGUUUCGGAAAGGCAAAAUCGGCAGCAGCAGUGGGGGCUGACAAGGCGAAGGCAGCGGUAGUUGUGGGUGCAAAGAAGGUGAAAAGUGGAACUUCGUCUGGGUUUAACUGGAUUAAGGAUAAGUGCCAGAAAAAGUGAUUUUUGUAGAUGAAGGAUUUUGCAUUUUGCAUUUUGUGAUCCAUUGAAUUAAUCAAAGGGUUAUAUAUACGUUGCACAAACUGUUCUGAGUUUUGAAAAAUGAAAUUUGGAUGAUUGCAUUCUUUUUCGAAAA